GGCUGCCUGUGAACCAGUGCCACUCCUGAGAAUCAAGCAGAAAUGCAGAGCACUAUGCAGAGCACCUCUUUGCCCAAGUUUUUACGGCAAAAGGAUGAAUUUUCCUCCCAAUACACUCGGACCUGUCGCCUGGACGUGGAAAAAAGACAAAGUGUUCUUUAUGUGCUCGGUACAACUUUAAAGGCAAGUUUAAACAGGAGUGCACCUCCCAAGACCAAAUACUUCUCAGUGAAAUGCACAGACAAUGUUCAGUACAUCAUCAGUCCUUUGCUCCAGACCACUUCCUACCUUUCCCCUGUGCCUCUUAUGGACAACUCUGUCUUACUCAUCACUAUGAAGGAAGCUAGUGUUCAUGAGAAUGACAACAAGCUUUCUGUCUGGUAUUAUGACGCUGACAAGACUGUCUUAGACAAAGCAGUCCUGCACUUGACAGGAGUUGAUAUCUCCCUGGAUGUGGAUGCUGACAGAGAUGGCUUUGUGGAAAAGAAUAAUCCUAAUAAGAAUACAUGGAAAUGGGGUCCACAUGGCCAUGGAGCAAUCCUACUUGUCAACUGUGACGCUGAAUCUCUGUACAAGAAGAGGCCAGACCACGAAAGAAAUAUCAAACGUCGUAUGUCAUCAGAUGUUAAGGACAUGUCUCCAAUGGUGCUACGAACUAAAGGCCCAGCCAAGCUUCCAGAAGGCUACAAACUCGUACUGCAUAUCUGUCAAAGCGAUGGAGAGAAAAUCAGAGUCUUCAUAUCCAGUGUGGACCACUAUCCUCUGGUACUGUACAGUGCAUCCCUCAGCAAGGAGAUCCCAUACUUGGGAAACGAUGAGAUCAAGUUUUAUGUGGAGGGUGUUAAGUUUCCUGACAAAGAUUUUGAUGGUUUAAUCCACAUCAACCUCAGUUUGUUAGAACCAAUCAGUGAAGGUAUUCCUGAGACCCCCAUCUUCACUGAUGCUGUAGUGUUCAGAGUAGCUCCAUGGAUCAUGACACCCAACACCCUCCGCCCUGUGGAGGUGUUUGUGUGCAGCACAAAAGAUAAUUACAAAUUCCUGAAAGGCAUGAAGAGUCUUGUAGAGAGCAGUGGCUAUAAACUGAAAAUUUGCCACGAGUAUAUGAACCGGGGAGAUCGCUGGAUGCAGGAUGAGCUGGAGUUUGGUUAUAUUGAUUCUCCGCAUCACGGAUUUCCAGUUGUUUUGGAUUCCCCUCGGGAUCAGCAACUAGAUGACUUUCCUUAUGAUGUGCUAUUGGGUCCUGACUUUGGUUAUGUGACACGAGAACCAAAGAGAAAAGAUGUGAGUAGUUUGGAUUCUUUUGGCAAUCUGGAAGUCAGUCCUCCUGUCACUGUCAAUGGAAAACACUACCCUUUGGGAAGAAUUAUCAUCGGAGUGGCCUUCCCUACAGCGUCUAAAGGACGAAAUAUGACAAAAAUGGUCCAGGACUUCCUGUGGGCUCAAACUGUUCAAGAGCCCAUUGCUUUAUUUUCUGACUGGCUUGAAGUGGGCCACGUUGAUGAGUUUAUGUCAUUUGUACCCGCCAAGGACAGAAAGGGUUUCCGACUACUGCUUGCCAGUCCAGAUGCAGGUUACAAACUAUUUAAAAACCUGCAGAAUGAUGGUCAUGGUGAUGCCAAACUCUUUGAGGAUAUUCCAGAUGAACCAACUAUAACAGUGAAUGAGAUACUGGCUGAUAAGAUACUCCAAGAUGAAAAUAAUUAUUCUCAGAGCUGCAUUGACUGGAACAGAGAUGUGCUGAAGAGGGAGCUGGGUCUGGAUGACGAGGACAUUAUUGAUCUGCCCGUCCUGUUUAAGUUAGUGGAGGAUGGUGGUCAGUACAGAGCGCUGGCCUAUUACCCAGACAUGGUGAACAUGAUAGUCCUGGGGGAAAACCUGGGCAUCCCAAAGCCCUUCGGCCCAAAAGUGAAUGGGGUUUGUGCUCUGGAGCAGGAGAUGGUCUCUCUGAUGGGGAACCUGGGCCUGACCUGUACUUUCAUUGAUGAUUUUACAUCUUACCAUAAACUAAUGGGAGAGGUGCACUGUGGUUCCAAUGUCCGCAGAUCUCCCUUUGACUUCAAAUGGUGGAACAUGGAGAUGUGAAAAGCUUUUUAAUUACCUCUUAGUUUGUUGGUUGUUAAUGGUUUUUAAGAGUCCAGCCCAGAUGAUUAAAUGAUGAAGCAAGACCCUGUUACCAUGGAACAGAAAAUAUUAGCAUAAAAGCAAAAAUCUACUGGAGAGCUACUGUAAAUGCACACUAGAGGGCAGUCUCAUUGUUCAACCUUGUUACCACACCAAUAUCCUGCUCAUUUCUACCAUCUUACAACUGUGAUACAAUUUGUUUUUACAUUUUUCUGUAAUGAAAGAGGAAGAUUUUAUUGAUCAAAAUAGUUCCUGAAGCAUAACAUGUUAGAUAUCUGUUACAAGUCACAAGAGGCUGGUUA